AUGAUUUUGUUGUUUCGGACACCCGUUAACAUGGCUCAUUACAGUCAAGCGGUGUCUACGUUUCUCCUAGUUCUACAUUUUUGUUUCGUAAUUAUUGGGGUUUUGACAACUGAAGUCCCGGAACAUAGUGGAAGCCAUAAUAAUAGUUCAAUGUCUCCUAGUUCAGUGUACAAUCCACUCGGACCACUAGUCCAAUGCAAUUUGUUGUCUUUAGAUUUUAUGGAUUGUGAUGAACCUGUAGACUUGAAAGGGAAUACGACAGCUAAAGAUCAUCUAGGAUUUGGAUGUUUGAAAAUGGGAGGCCAAAGAUAUGAAGAUGUUGAGAAAACCAAGGUGGAAUGUGUCAUUCUUCCUGGGAUUGAAUGUUACGGUGAUCACAAAUUUCUAAAGGAUGGAUUUCCUUGCAUAAAGUACACAGGUCACUACUUCACAACAACUUUGAUCUACAGUAUUCUACUGGGGUUUCUGGGCAUUGACCGAUUCUGCUUGGGCCAAACUGGUACCGCAGUUGGAAAGCUCCUAACUCUAGGUGGAGUUGGCAUUUGGUGGAUUGUAGAUAUUGUACUGCUGGUCAGUGGCGGGUUAACUCCGGAAGACGGUUCAAAUUGGGUUCCGUAUAUCUAAAUUGUUCAAACGCUUUUUUUUUUACUUGUACCAACAAAAAGUUCGUGAUACGACAUGUACAAAUUAUCUAAAUAAUUUACUUUUUUUACAAAAAAGAAAACGGGAAAGAAACUAAAAAAAAGACAAGACGCACCUUUUUUUUAACAUGAACGUAUAAUACCACAUGCGUGACACGAACAUUUCUCUGCCGGUCACGCUCGAAUAUUUUGUGUCACACUGAAGCCGAGCACCAUGCUCCCGUUUCCUCCUCUCUUUUUUUCCUCUCCAGGCCAAAAAAAAAAAGAGGAAGUGGGUUGUAUUUUUUUUUGCCUCAUUUCGAACGAACGAUGCUGAAGUAAUUCUUUUUGCCUUGCUUGUUCUCUCGUCAAAAAAGAAAAGAAAAAAGUAAGCCAGUCGAGCUGUUUGUAUACAUAUGGCGACAGGCGUCAGUCGUAAAAAAAAUGUGUACUCCAGACGCCCUCAAUAAUUGACGGCAAUCAAAGUCAAGUCACUGCUGCUGCCACUCCUGGUUAUGUACAAAGGCAGCAGACACGCCUACCACGAAUAAAGACUCUGGGAAAAUGUCGCUGAAAAAAA